AUGUCCGCCGACAAGAGAGAAGUCUACCAAACCAUCAACCCAGCCACUGGCGAGGUCGUCAAGACCUUCCCUACUGCUACUGACGAGGAGAUCCAAAAGGCACUUGCAGUGGCUGACGAGGUUUUCCAGAAGGACUGGAGAUUCCGUUCUGUCAAGGAAAGAGCUGACAUUGUUCGCAAAGCUGCUGAUAUCCUCGAAAGCAAGUCGGAAGAGUACGCUAAAUUAGUCACUUUGGAGAUGGGCAAGCUUCUUACUCAGGCUCGUAUGGAAGUCACUUUGUCAGUUCGAAUCCUCAAGUACUAUGCUGACAACGGUGAGAGACUACUUGCACCAAGUCCUAUUGCUGGUAGUAAUGGCGCCAUCCAAGUCAAUAACGAACCUAUUGGUAUAAUCUUCGCUAUUGAGCCAUGGAACUUCCCAUAUUACCAAUUGGCCAGAGUUGCUGGUCCUCAAUUGGUUACUGGUAAUGUGAUGCUAGCCAAACAUGCCCCUUCAGUUCCUCAAUGUGCGCUUGCUUUUGCCAGAUUGUUCGAGGAAGCAGGUGCUCCUGCCGGGGUAUACACUAAUGUGUUUGCUUCUAUUACCCAGUCUGGAACUAUUAUUGACGACUUUAGAGUGCGAGGUGUGACCUUGACCGGAUCCGAGCGGGCUGGUGCUGCUGUUGCUGAACGCGCUGGUAAGAACUUGAAGAAGGUUGUUCUUGAACUUGGCGGUUCGGAUCCUUUGAUUGUAUUCCCCGAUGCUGAUUUUGAGCCUACUCUGAACCUGGCUCUUAUUGGCCGUUUGAUGAACACCGGUCAAGCCUGUGUUGCUUCUAAGAGAAUUAUUGUUAUUGGCAAGGAGAGAGGUGACGAGUUUAUCAAGCGAUACACCGAAGCUAUCAAGAGUCUCAGCAAAGCCGUUGGUGAUCCCAAUGACGAGAAGACCUCUAUUGGCCCACUUGUCAGUGAACAAGCUCUAAAUGGGUUGUUGAGCCAGAUCGAGAGUGCUAAGAAGCACGGAGCCACUAUUCUUGCUGGCGGCAAGCGAAUUAACCGACCUGGCUGGUACCUCGAGCCCACUGUCAUCACCAACAUCAAGCCCGACAACCCACUUUACCGCGAAGAGACCUUUGGUCCCGUUGCCAGUUUUUACAUUGUCGACACUGAGGAAGAAGCCAUCCGACUUGCCAACGACACCUCGUACGGACUCGGCGCAUCCAUCUUCAGCAAAGACAUUGCCAAAGCCCAAGAGGUCGCUAAGCAAAUUGACAGUGGCAUGGUCUUCAUCAACCAACCCGCGCAAUCGUUGCCCCACGUCCCAUUCGGCGGUGUCAAAAACAGCGGGUUCGGCCGUGAGCUCGGCGAGCUGGGCAUGACCGAGUUCGUCAACAAGAAAGUUAUCUCUGCCAAGUCUCUCCUCUAG